AUGGAGACGCCACAAAUGAAUGCUAUACAAGAGGAGGACAAUUUGUCUCCGGAAAUUGCUUUCCAGACUCCUAAAUUGAAUGAUUCCGAUGCCUCGUCGUUUUCUUUGUCUAAUAUGAAUGCUGUCGGGAAUGUGGACGGUAUGCCAUCGCAAAAUAGGACACUGUUUGCAUCGCCUAGGCCCAGUUCCCUAUUUUAUUCUGCUAAGGAAGGUAACAAUUCCAGUUCUAGCAUCAUCUACAAUCCUUCGUUCACUUUUGGUGAAAAUGCUUCUAGUAACAAUAACAUCAAUGAAGCCGCAUUUCUGAAGGGAAAAAGCAAUGAAGGUCGAAGGCAAUCACUCAAAUAUAUACCGGCACCAAAGUUGGUCCCGCCUCCCCCUAGGACAAGAUCACCGGUAAGAGGUAUUUCUCCGGAUUCUGGCAACAGUAAGAGAUCUUCUAUGACCUUAGAUUCUCCCUUCAAUUUUACGACAUCUACGCUACAACCGCAUCAACAGACACCGCCCUCUUCAGCUGCAUCAAGGACCUCAUUUCGUAAGGGGCAUCGUUACAAGCAUUCCUCUGUGUCCAUGAAUUUUUUCCAAGAGCCUGAGGUGAAAAUCCCUUUGAACAUCGCUAAAUCUCUUCCCAUUCCAGAUUUAAAUGAUUUAAUGUCAAAUCUACCAUGGCCAAGGGCUCACAUUCAGUUAUCUAUUGCCGCACUACAAAUCACGGCAUGUCUGAUCACUUUUCAAGUUGGGCACUUGUAUUCGUGGAGUAAUUUUAUUACGCUAUCGCAUUUUAUUACUUACGAUAUCAUCGGGUCGCUAGUAAUCAUAUUUGUAGAAAAUCUGUCUCAAUUCCAGGUUUGGUUUACAGGCACAAUCACAUUUCCCUUCGGAUUAAAUAGGAUAGACGUCCUACUAAGCUUUGCCCUUGCCGUUUCAUUAUGCUUUGUGGGGCUGGACCUUUUAUUCCAUAUAAUUGAAGAGCUUAUAGUUCUCUUUGUAGAAUCAGGCAGCACAUUGACAAAUAACCAUGAUCACGAUGAAAUUAACGAGCAAAUUCCUCAUUCUCACAUUGCUAAUGCUAAUGAUUCACAGAACGAAAAUAUUACUUUGUGGUAUAGCAUACUAAUGAUCAAUCUAGUGUUAUCGACGUUAUCACUUUAUAAGACGUUUUAUGCUAAUAAAUACAGUAAUUUAAAAACGAAGAAUCCGAUUAUUACCAUCACUUAUACAGCAUACUUAUUCAUUUAUCCCCUAUUACUGGACUUGUUAUCGAGUAUAUCCGAUUACAUGGCUACUCUGGUGAUUUCGAUUUUGAUCCUGUGGCAUGGGCUAACUAUAGCACGAUGGACCUCGACAGUGCUAUUAAUGGGGUUUUCUACCACCUCUUUAUCCAAUUCACCAUUAUUCAAUAAUAAUCUCAGCACUGAUAUGACCAGCCCUACUCAACAAGUCGAGUCUAAAUCUGCCAAAGGAAGGCCGUCUGUACGGCCAAGAUCAAUGAGCUCGCUACCAAUAGCGACGAGAAACACAAAGAUGGGGAAUAAUGGGUUUUUAAAUCCUAUAGCUUCCACUGAAAAUCCAACAACUAUUAAAAACGUAAUCAAGGACCAAAUCGAGAGAUUAAAUGAGUUUAAAUCUAGAUGCAUUUUAAAUUACGAUGAUAUAGUAAUAAGCAAAGUAAACUUCACGCUUUAUGUGGUACUUAUUAAGAUAACGAUGAAAGGUGGCUCCAACGAUGACGAGUUGAUGUUAAGGUUAGCCAUUGACAAGUGCAUUCAAACGAGCAUUCCAACGUGUGAAACCACAAUAGAUAUAGACCGAAUAUAA